UGCGUGCUGACACGGGCCGGCGGAAGGAGCCGGGAGACCAAGGACUGACGGACAGACCCCAGCCAUGGACCGGCAGCUGGCGCAGCAGCAGCAGCAGCUGCGGGGCCGCGUGGUGCGCAGUGACAGCUACCACCAUCAGGACGCCCAGAGCUACGCCAUCGCCGGCGGAGAGGCGCACGAGCAGAGCCGACAGGACUCGCGCGUGCUGGAGGCCGAGAUUCCGGGCGGCCAGCUGAGCCAGCACAGCCAGCAGCGGCAGCUCCAGCUGCAGCAGCGCUCGGUGCAGCAGCUGCCCGGUGGCGGACAGAUGAGCCAGCAGACCAGCAGCAGCCAGCAGGUGCACCAGCAGGUCAGCAGCAGCGUGCAGCACUUUGGCUCCCAGCCGGCACUCCAGUACCAGCAGCAGCAACAGCAGUUCCAGCAGCGCCAGCAGCAACAGUUUCAGCAACACCACCAGCAGCAGUUCCAGCAGCAAUACCAGCAGCAGCAGGAGCUGCAGGAGGCGCAGCACUACAGCGUCGCCUACGGUCGCCAGCAGUCGGCCAGCAGCGACUACUCAGUCACGGACCAGUCGGGUGGCCAGCACAGCACCAUGCCGGCCGGCGGCCCCGCGUCUCCGCCAGUGUUUGAGCAGAUCUUCAAGAAUGCCCGUUUCGCCCAGGGAGGCAAUGCUCUGUUCGAGGGCCGGGUGCGGGGCAACCCUAAGCCCAAGAUCUCAUGGACGCGCCAGGGCAGACCCAUUCAGGCGUCCAACAAGUACCAGCUGAGACACAAUCAGCAGACGGGCGAGGUCAGCCUGCUCAUCAGCCGCAUCGGGCCCGGCGACGAGGGCGAGUACACGUGCAUGGCCACCAACCAGUACGGAGAGGCCGUCUGCACCGUCUACAUUCAGCCCGAGGCCGCCUUCCUCCAGCAGCAGCAGCAGACCACCCAGCAGCAGCAGCAGAUGGUCUCUCAGCAGCAGCAGCAGCAGCAGCAGCAGCAGCAGCGGGGCGGCGUGCAGCGGCGCAUGGUCGGCGGCCAGCAGCACAUGAUGCAGAUGCGCACAGAGACCACCUACGAGACGGACUCGUCGGGCCACACGACCACCAGCACGCGCACGGACCGCCAGUACCACACCACGCCCUUCAGCUCCUCCGUCGAGGAGUUCCGCGUGGACACGUUCGAGUACCGGCUGAUCCGCGAGUCCGAGUUCCGCGAGGCGCUGACUCGCCGCCAGCCCGGCGAGCCGGAGGUGGUGGUGUCGGCGCGCCGGCCCGGCCCGCUCAGCCCGCCGCAGCUGCAGGGCAAGCCGCGCGCCAGCAAGGUGCAGGAGGGCGGCUCGGCCACCUUCCAGGCGCGGCUGGCCGGCAACCCGCCGCCGCGCAUCACCUGGUUCAAGGACGGCGCGCGCGUGCGGCCCGGCGCGCGCGCCACCAUCUCUGAGCAGGACUCUGUGGUGUCGCUGCACCUGCAGCAGGUGCAGCCGCAGGACACGGGCCACUACACGAUGCUGGCCGAGAACCAGGCCGGCUGCGUGGUGAGCUCGGCCUACCUGGCCGUGGAGCCGACCACGCCGCAAUACGGCCAGCACCAGGUCACCCAGCGCACCGACCACAG